GGAGACAGGGCAAAAAUGAAGAGAGACGGGCCCUUUAAACUAGACAGAAGACUCAGUGACACACACACAUGCAGUCCUGUGUGUGCAGAGCUCUCUUGGCAGAGCAGCUCCGAGCUGUGCAAAGGGACGUGCCCAGAGUGGACAAACCAUGCUAAUUGUCUGGGAGAGAGACCCAGUGCUAGAACCAAGAUGAAGACAGAAAGGGAAGCUUACUCGAGAGCUUUGGCAGUUCCUGCUUUUUUACGGAUCCUGUGCCUCCUCUUCUUCGCCCAGACAGACCUGGUGAAGGGGGUGAACAUCACGAGUCCCGUUCUCCUGAUCCGGGGUACUCUAGGGGGGAUCGCUCUGCUGUCGGUUCACUACACCAGCACUAGCAGUGACGAGCCCGUCAUUAAGUGGCAGCUGACGAGGGACAAGCCCAUCACUGUGGUCCAGUCCAUUGGCACCAAGAUCAUUGGCAACCUGCGGCCAGAGUACAAGGAUCGCAUCCACAUCUUUGAGAACGGCACUCUGCUGCUGCACAACCUGCAGCUGUCAGACGAGGGGAGCUACGAGGUGGAGAUCUCCAUCACUGAUGACAUUUUCACUGGGGAGAGACACAUCAACCUCACCGUCGAUGUGCCAGUUUCCAGGCCCUACGUGUCCAUGGUUUCCUCAACGGUCCUAGAAUUGAGUGAAAACUUCAUCCUCAACUGUUCCCAUGAGAUCGGGACCAAGGCUCGCUACAGCUGGCUUAAGGGAGGGAAGCCACUGGCCAAUGACUCGCGUCUCCAUCUGUCACAUGACCAGAAGAUCCUCACCAUCACACGGGUGAUGAUGUCAGACGAUGACAUCUACAGCUGCACGGUGGAGAACCCAAUCAGCAGCAUGAAGAGCAUCCCCAUCAAACUCACAGUCUACAGACGCAGCUCUCUGUACAUCAUCAUCUCCACCGGGUGCAUAUUCCUUCUCAUUACCCUGGUAACUGUGUGCGCCUGCUGGAAACCCAAGAAAGAUAAAAGUCAGCUAGCGAAACAAAGCUCUACAGAAUACGUGGAUCAAAAUGACUUGAAACACGAAGCUGAGGUCAUGUCAAAAACAGCAGAGCAUGAGCGCAAAAACCCUGUGGCUCUGUACAUAUUAAAGGACACGAAACCAGAUGCUCCUCAGAGGUGCACGGAGAGGACAGCAGCUAAGGACUCCCCAGACACGGAGGAAGAGUCCCCUACAGAUUCCCGCGGCACGGUGGAGACAGGUGGUCCGCCCAGCUACUCCAGUUCCCCCCCUGCGUUGGCCCGCUCCCCUGGACCCCAUCCCCGCUCAGCCCGCCGCUACCACCGAUCGCCUGUGCGCUCCCCCCCCUCUGGCCGCGCUCACAAGUCCCCCAGCCGCUCUCCUAGCUCCCCGGCCCGCGCACGCAGCGCCACACGCAUGGCCCGCCCCGGAGGGGGGGUCCACAUGAUCCGUGAGCAGGACGAGGCCAGCCCCCCCGUGGAGAUGAACCCCUAGACCCACCUUUCACCCCACUCCCCCACAGCCUCUCCAACGACAGUUCGAAAGACAUUUGUAACUGUUUAUCAUGGUGAACGGUGGAACAUUCUGAGCUUGGUUCUCUGUAAAAUAUCUGUACCCCACACCGCUGAAUAGGGUUUUAGAUUCUAGGUUUUUAAAGUUCAAAUAUAGCGCAGUGUAAGCCUCCGAAUCCCCUAUUUUAUUUUUAGUUUAAAAAAAAAAUAAAAAAAUCCAUCCCUACAGGUAACUUUCAAUUUCCUUGGACAGAUUUAAAUAGCAUGUACAUUGAGCUAUGUAUACCCUGCGUAAUGCUGGUGUUAUCUCAGACCUGUUACUCAAGAAAGAGUUGUUUCAGUCUAAGCCAAUCAGCAUUUUGAUCUGCAGCUGUGCUUGGAGCGCUCUGAUUGGCUCAGUUGAUUGUUGUUUAAAUCUUUAUUUGGACUCUGAUUGGUUAAUGAAAAAAAAACUGCAACAUUAAUAGUUAAAUGAUCUGCAACUAAAUACCAAGACUGCACCAACAAUGUAACUUGCUGUAGAUAAAUAUUAAUGCAUGCAAUGUAAAUGAAGAAGUAGUGCACCGUGUCAAAGGCUGGUUUGUGAUUAAUGUGUCUUGCGUUUCCAGUAGGAACUAUAAAUGGUACACCAGACUGUGGAUAAGGAGUUUGACCACAUUGAGGUCGGCUAAUAUGAAAUUAGCGACCACUGUGACAUGCCACCAAUACCUGCAGUCUGGUAAUUACAGUGUUUUAAACAGGGCUCUCUUAUAAGUCAGGCAUCAAAGGCAAGAUCAUAUAUUAUGCCGAUUAAAAUCUGCUCCACACAUCAAAAUGAUCUGAAUUUGUUCCUCUUUGCUUAAAGACGUUUCACACUUGUUCUUGUAAAAGAAACAGAGCCGAUUACAGUAGGUCUCUUGAUGCCUGACGUAUGGGACACGCUGCAGAAUAGUGAUUAGUCCACUGGGUGUAUUUCAUGUUGUGCAUGUAGGGGGUGCCUCUACAUACCACUGCUGUCAAUCAAUAGUUAAUCACAGUUACUGGGAAUUACGAGCCAGAACUGGGAAUAGAGUCUUUUUAAUGGCUUGAGAGAGGGUUACAGAGGCUAACCUCAUAUUGUACAGUAUAUAGACAUAACAUUGACUGUGGUAACUAGUUGAAGUGCCUACAGUAUAAUUCUAUUCACCGAGGCUCCAAUGACGUGUUCUUGUCCAUGUUGUUUGCUGUUAAACCUGACCUUAGCUAUAUUUUCUCUACAUGCUGAGCAAAUCAUUAAAGCAACAUGAUCUUUUAGGCAAAGUGUAGUCUCUAGAAAAUAAACCACUAAUCAGAAAAUAGAAAUAAAAAGUAAUUAUCUACCCAUAAAAGCUACUUCAAUGUUUUUACUUUAAAAAGCACUUGUUAAGAAUUGCAACUAGACGAAUCCCUUUGACGUUGGGGGACACUGUAUGCAGAGAGCCCAGAACAGUCAAAAUCCUGUUUUUUCUCAUGAAGCUUAAAUAAGAGGACAGAGCAACUGGAGAAUAUGACAGAGAUCCAGAUAAAACAUGGCAACAUCGAACUGCAAAAAUGACAGCUCUCUAUAUAUAAUCAAUUUCUUUGGACGCCCUAAUUAUACAACAAUAACAAUUUCUAGUUUUACAUUUAAAAGUAAAAAGACUUUGCAGAACCCUACUGCCAGCUCAAGAGCUGCUUGCUUGAAUGUGUUUCACUUGUCUUGAUACCGGCAGUGCAACAGAGAGCAGGGGCUCGGUGGAUUGUCCCGAACCCAGUUAUAUGAUAUAAACUCACCUGAACCUCUAUGAACUACCGCUGUCGGAGAAAGAAUAAAAAAAUCAGUAACCAAACGAAAAGAACAACAGUCGGUGUUAUGUGUCCUGUACUGUUACCUUAACGAUGAACCACCUUCGUUGGAAAUCUGCAAAAUUACACAACAUCGUUAAAGGUCACACUGCUGCACUUUGUGUAUUUUGUUACCAUGUACCAGAUAACCUGCAGUUGUACAACAGCGCCCUCUAGGGUCUACGUGGCACAGUGCAAGCUGUUCUACAAUAUUUGUUACCUGCCAAAUUUCAUUGCUCAACAGUGCUACUGAAUGCUUAUUUGUACAUUAACUAGUACAAAGGGCAUCGCUUUAUAAUACCCCAUCUGACUGUCCACUGAAUAUGUGUAAUGCAUUCUGUAUUCAAUUCAUAUGAACUAAGCAUCUGUGAAUGGUACAGUCCAUUCAACACGUAUUCAAGUAAGCAACGCUGCCACUAUUAGGCCAGCUAGUAAGAUAAGCAUAAUACUAUGCUGGCGUAUGUUUUGGUAACAUGACUAACCUGUUCCUCUGUAGCCAAAAUGUGAUUUUUGAAUGUAAGUAAUGAUCUAAUGUCUGUGUUAUUAUUUUUACAGACGUUGUGUAGAAGAAUAAUGUAAUUGUGCAAAGAAAAUAUUCAAUAAAAAAAUGACAUGAAGAUAA